UGAUCGAUAUUCUCAUAGGACUGGGUCAUAUUGAGAGGCGUAUGGUCUUUGUCAUAUAAAAAUUUGUGUAUGUGAUACACAACACGCAAUCAUUGCUAGGCUGUAAUGUACCAGUAACCCACAGAAAUACAUGUCUAGCUCAAAAUAUUGAGCAGUUUGGCAUGUUCUGUGCCUGAACAUUCGAGUUUUCCCAUACAAUCUUCAUUAUAAUCUGGGUUUGAUUCAUUUCUGUGACCCAGAAACCAUUUACCUGCUGCUAAACCCUAAUGCCCACAACUUUUUUAGAACGGAGAGAAGGAAAGGAAGAAGCAAACUUUCAUGAUGCUGUCAUACAGCAUUGAGGGCAAACCAGCGAAGAAAACCUUAACCCAAGAGUGGAAAGGCGAACGGGGCGAGCAAAGUGACCGGAAAUACGCUCCCAUGGAUUGGUGGUUCGAGGAUUUGUGCAUGCUGGACAUGGAUUACUUUGUGAGAACAGUCACUGCAAUAAAGUCCAAGGGAGUAAGCCCAGAUAUGAUUGGCGCAGUAAUAUGUAACUAUGCCAUGAAAUGGCUUCCUGGCCUGGCUCAAGACCAGCACACAUCUGCAUAUUUGCUUGAAAAUAUGGCAGAUGCGAAGGAAAUUAUAGAGAGUGCAGAAAACGAGAACAGUAUGGCCAAAAACAGGUUUAUUCUUGAGACUCUGGUGGGCAUUCUGCCGGAGGAGAAAGACGUUGUGUCGUGCAGCUUUCUGCUGAGGUUGCUUCGCAUGGCCCAUAUUGUGGGAGCUGAUGUGAAGUUUAAAGCGGAGCUGGAGAGACGCAUUGGGCUUCAGCUGGAGCAGGCAACUGUUUCAGACUUGCUUAUUCCUUCUUUUUCUCACACUUCUCACACUCUCUUUGAUGUUCGCUUGGUCUACCGUCUCGUUAAAUGUUUUCUUGCUCAAGAUGGGAAUUUGGGCGAAGAUGAUGGGGCUCGUUCAGGGAGAUCUGCUAAGCUGAAGGUCGCCAAGAUUUUGGAUAGCUAUUUGGCAGAAGUUGGUCAAGAUAAGAGUUUUAGUGUCUCGGACUUUGAGGCGUUGGCUGAAGCUCUGCCGAGCUAUGCUAGGACCUGCGAUGAUGGGCUCUAUAGAGCUAUUGAUACUUAUCUCAAGGCUCAUCCAGGACUAUCCGACACAGAAAGAAAAAGGCUGUGCCGAUUAAUGGAUUGCAAAAAACUAUCAGUGGACGCCUGCAUGCACGCUGGCCAGAACGAGCGGCUGCCCGUUCGAACCGUGGUGCAGCUUCUUUUCACAGAGCAGAUGAAGUUUAGAAACGCCAAACUAGCCGAAAAAACGGCGCCGCCGCCGAAUGAGCGGUCGCCAUGCCCAGCGCAUGGCUACGAUAAAGCACGGUGUUCUUCCGAGAGAGAAAAUAACUACGACAUUCGAUCCCUCCCUUUGGAAUUACAGAAAAUAAGGGCAGAUUUUGCAGAACUCCGAAAGCAAUGCCAAUUAAUACAGCAGCAGGUGGAUAAGCUCUCCAAACAGAAAACUUUUUUUCAGUGGAUUAAUGGGUGGAAGAAAAUUCCCAAGACAACUGCAGAUAAAUUGUAUGACCAAUGCAGCGUAGAGGAUGAUUUCCCAGUUCCGAGCCCACAACCAACACAAACGCGCCGCAAGGGAAAAUGGAGAAGAAAUUCAGUAUCAUAAAAUUCUGGAAUGUUUUGCAGAUUUGUGUAUAUUUAAUUUAGAGAGCAAGCAAUGUGAAACAUUGGUUGAGUUUUAUGUUAUCCUCACACUAAUAAAUUCACCUAUGCUUAUUUUUUGUUAAAUUUUAUUUCGAUUUCAUGAUAUGGGUGUAGAGAAUUUGGCCA